AUGAAGAGAGUGCUCAAGCAAUGCCUCAAGUCCACUGCCACUUCCAAGCACUCCAUCGUGGAGAGCUACGCAUCGAGAUUGAGGCAGUGUGGCAUCGCAAGAGACGUGAGAGAGGGGAGGAGGAUUCACCGUGAGCUCCUCGACUCACAAGGCGAUCCAUCCACCACCAACACGUACCUCGCGAACCAUCUCGUCCAAAUGUAUGCCCAGUGUGGGCAUUUGCAGGAAUCCCGGGAAGCUUUUGACGAGAUCCACGCAAAGAACGUCUUCUCGUGGAAUGUGAUGAUCUAUGGCAGCGUGGAAAACGGCGACAUCCGGCAGGCCAGGGCGCUGUUCGAGGCAAUGGAUCGCAGGAACGUCGUGUCGUGGACGACGAUGGUGAGCGCUUAUGCCCGAAAGGAGGGCGAUUCCCGCCUCGCGCAAUUGUUCUUCGAGAGAAUGCCGCAGUGGAGUGUCGUUCCGUGGAACGCCAUGCUCGGAUCGCUCGUCCACGAUGGCGAGUUGGGCCUCGCUCGCAGCUUCUUUGAGAUCGCGCCCGAGAGAGACGUAAUCGCCUGGAACACGAUGAUUACGGCCUACUCCCAUGAGCGGGAGCUCCAGUUCGCGAGCUUUCUCUUCGACAGGAUGCCGCAGAGAGAUUUGGUGUCGUGGAGCACCAUUACUGCUGCUUACGCACAUCUUGGAAGAUUAGUUGACGCAAAGAAAAUAUUCGAUUUAACGCCGCAACAGUGUGUUUUAUCGUGGAAUACAAUAGUCGCAGCAUUUUCCUCAAAUGGGCAUUUGGAUUAUGCAAGAUUUAUGUUUGACCGGAUGCCACAUCGCAAUGUAAUCUCUUGGAACGCAAUCUUGGGUGCGUAUGCUAGCGCUGGAUUUGUAGAGAUGACUGAUAAUAUCUUCCAGUCCAUGGACGAGAGAGAUUCCGUGUCAUGGAACUCUCUGAUAUCCGGAUAUUCUCACUGGGGUCACGGUUGUAUGGCCAGAGAAACGUUUCGUGCGAUGGUUUUGAAUGGUUUCUCUCCGGACAGUGUGACGCUUCUCGCAAUCCUCUCAGCUUGCAGCGUCGAUGGAAGGCUUCAGGACUCUUGGAACUGCUACACAUAUGCAACGCAGGACUUUGGCAUUGUUCAGACUGGCGAACACUUGUUUUGCGUGGUGGAUCUCAUGGGAAAAUGCGGCCUCUUGAGUAUGGUGGAAGAAACUACUGAUUUUCUGGUUUCUUCGUCAUCGACUGUGAAUCCUAUUCCAUGGACUGUCAUGUUGGGCGCAUCCAAAAUGCACGACGAUGCAAGGCGUGGGAGAAUGGCCGUGGAGAAGCUCAUGGAGCUGGAGCCGGAAAACUUCUCCUCUUAUGUGCUUUUAUUUUGA